AUGAAUAAUUGGGCAAUAGGACGAGAUGUUAAGACAUGGACUGAUGAUGCACACAUGUUUUAUCCAGAGAGGUUUUUGAACAGCAAUGUUGACCUUCAAGGAAAUCAUUUUCAACUUAUACCAUUCGGGUCGGGUCGCAGAAAAUGUCCUGGGAUCCAAUUGGGUCUGACUAUAGUUAAAAUGAGAGCCAAAGGCAUUCUUCAUUUCUUCUCAGUGCUAACUAAGAAGUCGCCCCACACAAACAUGAUUCCUUCCACAAUAGCCAUUCCUGCUCUCUUCCUUCUCAUGUUCAUUUACAUUCUUACAAUCUUCUUGAGUCCAAAUAAACACAAGAAACGUCCUCCAGGACCUUUGGCCCUUCCUGUCAUCGGAAACACCCACCAGUUAGGCACACUACCACAUCGCAACCUUCAAUCUCUGGCCACCAAAUAUGGACCCAUCAUGUACCUACGGCUUGGACAGAUCCCAACCAUUGUGGUCUCUUCACCUGAAGCAGCCAAACUAUUCCUCAAGACCCAUGACCCUGUUUUUGCAAAUCGUCCUCAUACUCAGGCCACUGAUUACUUAUUUUACGGCUCCAAGGGUGUGGGCUUUUCUGAAUAUGGUCCAUACUGGCGUGACAUGAAGAAACUGAGCAUCCAACAUCUUUUUAAUGCUUCAAAUCAAGAGUUGUUUGGUCAUCUUUGGAGGAAGGAGUUAAGAAUGUUGGUGAAAUCACUUGAGAAUGCUGCUACCAAGGGCGUGGUUGUGGAUAUCAGUGAGAAAGUGCAUGGGCUUUUAGAAGAUAUAGUUUAUAAGAUUAUACUGGGACGCAAUAACGAUGACCAGUUUGAUCUGAAGGGGCUCGUUUCAGAAGUUUUGAGAUUGACUGGAGCAUUUAAUCUUGCAGAUCUCGUACCUUGGUUAGGAGCAUUCGAUCUCCAGGGACUAAGGCGUCGAUGUAAGGAAAUAAGCAAAGUACUUGACCAAUUGUUUGAGAAGAUAAUAAAGGAGCACGAGCAAGCUCGUAAAACCCAGACGGAUGGGAAAAAUGAAGACUUCAUAGACAUACUACUCUCGCUAAUGCAUCAACCCAUGGAUGACGAACAAACUCAUCAAAUUACUCGAGACGACAUCAAGGCCAAUAUGCUAUCUUUGAUUUCUGCGGCAUAUGACACUGCUGCUAUUAGUGUCGAGUGGAUUCUAUCUGAACUUUUGAGGAAUCCAAGGGUGAUGAAGAAUGUACAAGAUGAGCUGGAAACUGUGGUUGGAAUGAACAGAAUGGUGGAAGAGAUGGAUUUAUCAGAGUUGAAUUACUUGAACUUGGUGGUGAAGGAGAAUUUCAGACUCCAUCCUGUUACACCAUUCAUCCCUCGAGCAUCAACAAAGGAUGUUAUGGUUGGUGAAUACUACAUAGAGAAAAAGUCACGAAUCUUAGUAAACUUAUGGGCACUAGGGCGGAAUCCUCAGAUAUGGUCGGAUAAUGCUGAUGUGUUUUAUCCAGAAAGAUUUUUGAACAAUAACAUAGAUCUGCAAGGACAUGAUUUUCAAUUCCUACCAUUUGGUUCGGGACGCAGAAAAUGUCUUGGAAUGCAACUGGGUCAAACUGCAGUUCAACUGGUGAUAGCUCAACUCGCACACUGCUUCAAUUGGGAGCUUCCUUCUGGGAUGAAGCCUGAUGAUUUGGACAUGACCGAAUCAUUUGGCCUCACGUCGCCAAGAUCUAAGCAUUUGUUAGUUGAGUUAACUCGUCGCCUAUCUUCUGAGGUUUAUGAUGAAUGAAAAUGGUGUAAACUAUGAAAGAAUAUGAAGUGCAAAAGAACAUGAUAUAUAAUACUCCCCUCGACGCACCAAUUCAAGGAUGAUGAAACAAAACCAUGGGAUUAGUUGAGAUUACAUCAAGGUUAAUUACUGUACUAUGACUAAUAUUGGAGCAUAUGAAGCCACUGCUCUGUUGAAGACUGUGGUUUUUAUUUGAACUGUUAUAUACAGUGAAUGAUAUUUGUAUCUAAAUAAUACUUCUGUUUGUUGGUUGAUA